AUAACUUUUAAAAACUUAAAUUACGAUGUUUUUGAUAGACUAAGAUUAGAAUGGAUUUGGAGUAUGUAAAAUUUACAUAUUGGGAGGAUGAGGAGAUUAAGGCUGCAGUUAAAGUUGCUGUUGAAGAGAUGGGUAUAGAAAAUCUUGAAUAUAUUCACGGUUCGUCGGGAUCAGAAGAAGAUGAAGUGGAGUCUGAGAAUCUGAUGGAUGAUGACAUCAUUGAGGAGAUGGAAGAUGAAAAUAUUGAUGAAACUGGAGAGAUGUCUGAAAAGGAGGAAAUCUUGAGGAGUUUGGAACUACGCUUCAGCGACGAGACUUUGAAUGAGAUUGAUGAAACCAAAUUCAAGGAUUUAGUUCUUCUUUUCAGAGGUCUCAUAGAGAUUUCUAGCAGCCAGGGUUUAAACGAGUUUCUAGAACAGAGAUUAAGGGAUGACAGUAUUGUAGAGUAUGUUCUAACCUUUAUCAAUCGUCUAGCCGUUUCCAGCGAGGCAUUAAUUCAAAUAGAAUAUAAUCCCAUGGUAUUUAUUUCCCGUGAAAAUCACCGCCCCCCCCCUCAAAAUAAUUUGUUGAUACUUGAGAGGUGAUUCUUUAUCUUCUAUC